AUGGAGGAAAAAGUCCCGAUCCCAACACAGCCCGGAUGCAAAUUUAUUGGACGCAUUCUUGGGCCACGUGGAAUGACCGUGAAACAGCUGGAAACACGGACCGGAUGCCGCAUAUUGAUCCGCGGAAAGGGCUCCGUCAAAGAUCCAAAGCGCGAAGAGCGUUUACGGAACCGCCCUGGAUGGGAGCAUCUCGCCGAGCCACUGCACGUGCUUAUUACUGCCACCGAUUACUCGCGGGAGCAUUGCGGCCAUAAGCUUGCGUGCGGCAUUCGUUCCAUCAAAGCCUUGCUUACCAACACGGACGACGAAUUCAAGCGACAUCAGCUCGUGCAACUGGCCAUCAUAAAUGGUACUUACCGCCCAUCAGGAAGAUAAGA